CUGAAGCCGAGAGGAAACAAAUAUUAAAAAUAUGGCGGAGUAUGGAGCUCAUUUGGCGACUCACCUGGCCCAAAAGCCGUCGAUAUUCGAAGUUCUCGCUCAGGAAAACCUCGCUCGCGCGCUCAGAAACGCGCUGAGGCACCUGAUAUCUUACUUCGCCGACCUGCGCAGCGGCAAGCGACCUCGUAGGUCGUGGCUCAAGGAGCAUCGCGACGAGCUAGUGACGCUGGCCGACCUCUCUGUUCAGUUUUACCACCUGGCCCGAUACGCGAGCUCCUUUUCGGAGCACUUUUACGGCCUACGCCGUGUAGCGUCUGGCACGUCCGACGGCGCGGCGCUCAAGCGAAGUCACAUUCUGAGAUCAUUAGCUGCCCUCGUGCUUCUUCCGUACGCUCGCACUAAAUUAGAAGCGCUCGUCUUGGACGAUGAACUACCUGGCAGAGGUUGGAUCGGCACUCUGCGUCGACUUUACCCGGCGUUCUCGCUAGCCUGCGAAGCCGCCUCGCUGUCGUACGCCCUGUUUUACGCGAUCGGCAAGUCGCCGGUGCAUUCGCCCGCGCUGUCGCUGUCCUCCGUGCGCCUCGAAGUCGCUCCGAGCGUACCGGCAUCCCCGGACCCCAACGCCGGCAGGACGGUUCGCAUUGUGCGCGGAGUCGCCGACGCUUUCUCCGCGACCCUAGCGACGGCCGCCUUCCUGUUGCACUUCGUUGACUGGUGGAACUCACAGAAGAAAGGCAGUUUGGUCGCCGAGCCGCCUGUGCCCGCACCGCCGCUAGUCGACGAGCAGACACGACAGGCGCCGCAGUCCUUUACGCGACGCGGCCACUGCCCGCUAUGCCUAAGCGAAAUCUCCGACCGUGCCGCCGUCCUCACUACGAGCGGCUACGUCUUCUGCUACGACUGCAUCAGGAAUCAUCUGUCGAGCGGUCGCACAACAUGCCCCGUCACGGGAUACCCGUCUUCGCACGAGAGCGUCGUACUUCUGGUCGGCCAGUAAAACCGUGUUCGAAACCUGAAGGAGAGACUUCUGUGAAAUAACGAACAUACUCGAUACUCGUUGACUUGCCUGCUUGAGAGUAGAGAUCUCGUGCAGUGGCACACGCGACCUCUUCCAAGCCCUCAACAGCGCUAGCUGGGUUUUCGUGGCUACGAAAGGAACCGUGUUACUGCCUGAACUGGUACAGCGCACCACGGUAGCAGACAGAGCGCUGACUUCCAACUGAUGGAAGUUGGCUCUCUGUCCUCUUGUGCCGAUCUUCUCGGCCAUUUCUACUUCACCGUAAUGCGCUAGUGGUACUGCGUUUGAGGCACACAACUUGAAGCACGAGACCUGAAUGCCGGAUCGUUUGAGAACAUUGCAGAUACUUUUCGGUGUUGCUGUAUCCCAAGCGCACUCAUUUGUGCCCAGUGUGCAAGACCUACACUGCCUGUGUGGCCACUGUUUUGCUGGAAGUUCAGUGUUGAUUGACUGAGUGAUGCUUCUGGUUCGUCGGCCCAACAGCUUGUACCUAUGUAUUGAAUACUCUCACCACAGUAUUAUGUUUCUAGUGAAUUGUAUGUUCUAACAUGUGCCAUGCAUUCUUUUUCUUGUGUGAACUGUACAACCUAUGCAUAAUGCAGCGUUUUGGGGGCACAGAGCGUGCUUAAUCUAUGCCGACUUUUUUUUUUGUUAGCCUUUCACAAGAAGCAGUUGUGCUAUUGCUAACAUAGACCAUGACCCACUGUCCUGGAUCAAAAUUGUGGCACAUUGCUGUCGAAUGAGAGGCCGUAAAACUGAUUCCCAGCUGAGCUUGAUAGGAAAAGGGACUGUGCACGUAAUUCAAGCACACUACAAAGCCAACGCAUUGUCAAAAUUAAUCUCGUACCAUGUACACUGGUCAACUCAUGUCUACAACAAUGGAGCGUCGGGCUACUAACUGCAUGAGCGAAAUAUCCAGUCGUAAAUAGGCCACAUCUGAGCGUGUGCUGCUAAUGCUACGCCACCUAGAAAAAUUUUGACCAAUGACGCACUUUUUUUGUUGAUCACUGUGGAUGUAGCCAUUGCUUUGGCCGUCGAAAGCACUUUCAAAUGUUGAGUGUACGAACAAAAGAAACAAACUCAAUAAAGCGAAGAUUGCUCAGUAUGAUAUGAUUCCAUGAACCAAGAAUAACUUCGCAGGAUGAAAGGCCCCAGUCCAGGCUAUUUCACUUUAUUUUUGGCACUUUGAUGGCCAAAGUAGCUGUAAGCACUGUAAAAAAGCACUGGAGAAAAUAAAAGAACGGAUAAUCAGAAGGGCACGUACACAAGGCGCGAUCCUUCUGAAGCAAAAAACCAGACAAUCCUUUUGACUGUCUGGUCUGUUGUUUUCUCCGGCGCUGUUUUACUGCGAAUAUGCACCAACUAGCCCAAAAGUACAUCUUCACAAGUUGUCGCAGCCGUGGUGAUAAACAAGGACGAAAACUGCAAUGCUCAGAUGUGGCCUGUUCUGAACCGUAGA